UGACAGCUGGAUCAUCAGACUUGCGGUCAGUUCGGGACAUGUGACCAUAAUAUAGAGGAUCUGCCCCGACAAGUAUUCACCUCAUCAUCCGAGAGCAAGAAGAUAAAUCAUGUGCAGGAAUAUCCCCUCAAAUGUCUCCAUAUAACAUCCUGGAAUUGUAUAGAAUUAAAUGUUUAUUCACAAUACAGGUUCCUAUAAGGUGUCAGGACGUGGCGGUCUAUUUCUCCAUGGAGGAGUGGGAGUAUGUAGAAGGACACAAGGAUCAGUACAAGGAUCAGGUCAUGAUGGAGGAUCAGCAGCCCCUCACAUCACCAGUCAGAUCCAGUAAGAGAACAGCACCAGAGAGGUGUCCCCGUCCUCUUCUUCCACAGGAUGAUCAGGGUGAAGAUCUGAACAAUAUUAAAACUAUAGAGACAGAUGUGAGCGGUGAUAAGCAGUUUAAGGAGAACUUUCCUACAGAGAAAGAUCUGAUCUAUAUUAAUGCUACAGACAUAAAGGAAGAAGAAGAGACAGAUGUGAGCGGUGAUGUGCAGUAUAAGGAGGACAUUCCUACAGGGGAAGUUCUUAUCUAUAUUAAUGCUCCAGAGACAAAAGUGAGCCGUAAUAAGCAGUAUAAGGAAAACAUUCCUACAGGGAAAGAUCUGAUCUAUAUUAACGCUACAGACAUAAAGGAAGAAGAGGCAGAUGUGAGCAGUAAUGAGCAGUAUAAGGAGGACAUACCUAUAGGGAAAGAUCUGAUCUAUGUUAAAACUACAGACAUAAAGGAAGAACAAGAGACAGAUUUGAACUGUGAUGAGCAGUAUAAGGAGGACAUUCCUACAGGGAAAGAUCUGAUCUAUAUUAAUGCUACAGACAAAGAAAAAAGAAGAGACAGAUGUAAGCGGUGAUGAACAGUAUAAAGAGGACAUUCCUACACGGAAAGAUCGGAUCUAUAUUAAUGCUACAGACAUAAAGAAAGAAGAAGAGACAGAUUUGAGCAGUGAUGAGCAGUAUAAGGAGGACAUUCCUACAGGGA